CGGCGCGCUGCUGCGGACAAACGCCCGACCAACUUCUUUACUCACCCAAUCACCACCAAACAUAAACAAUGGCGGAGCGAAGAAAACGCACCGAGUUGGAAUUUGACGGCGCUCGGCUAUAGAGCAAGUAGCAAAGCUGACAGAAUUUCCGAUGGACGGGCACCGGAGGUACCACGAAAUGGAAAACCCGACCGAAAACCCAAGCAAGGCUGCGGAAUAUCUAAAGGAGCUCAAUAAAAUAAUCGAGACACAACAGGAGCUGUUGGAGAAGCAAAAGAACCGGAUUGAAGAGCUUGAGCAGCAAGUGGCCGAUCUAUGUAAGGAAAACGCCUGUCUGAAAGACCAACACCAGCGGCACCUGGCUACUUGCAGACUGCAACAAGGCAAUAGCCAUCCCACAUUAGGAGCCAUCAAAGAAAAUGUGCUUCAAGAAAAGUCUGAAUGUGAAAGUUCGCGAGGUGUCAGACGGCACGCUUCUUUGCCUGUCGAAGUCACAGAAAGCCCCGGCAACCUUAUUUCACCACUGUGCAGAAGAACUUAUCCCUGUCGCCAAUGGAAGUCUGCGUCAUUUGGCGUGGAAGGUGACGCCCCGGGCGCCGAGUCGGACCCCUCCCUGGACUGCGGCGGGGGCUACAGCCGAGGGCCCGUGAGCCGCGCCGCCAUCCUCAGCCCGGACCACUUCCAGGCCCCGCUCUACGCCCACGCGGCCCCGCCCGGACCCCAGCGGCACCGGCGGCCCAAGCUGCAGCACUCGCAGUCCAUCCUCCGCAAGCAGGCCGAGGAGGAGGCCAUCAAGCGCUCGCGCUCGCUCUCCGAGAGCUAUGAGCUCUCCACCGACCUCCAGGACAAGCAGGUGGAGAUGCUGGAGCGUAAGUAUGGAGGACGAUUCAUAACCCGACAUGCUGCGCGCACCAUCCAGACGGCCUUCCGCCAGUAUCAGAUGAACAAGAACUUCGAGCGGCUCAGGAGCUCUAUGUCGGAGAAUCGCAUGUCCAGACGCAUCGUCCUGUCCAAUAUGAGAAUGCAGUUUUCCUUUGAAGGACCUGAAAAAGUCCACAGCUCCUACUUCGAGGGCAAGCAGGUCUCCCUGACCGACGACGGCACCAAGAUCGGGGCCCUGGUGCAGUCCGAGUGCGGGGACCUGGUCCCGGCCAACAUGAAGCAGCCGGCCGCGCAGAACGACUUCAACGACGCCAUCACCGAGCUGGAGGACGCUUUCUCGCGGCAGGUCAAGUCGUUGGCCGAGUCCAUCGACGACGCCCUCAACUGCCGCAGCCUUCACGGGGACGAGGGCCAGCCGGAGCCCGUCAGGGGCCACCCGGACAUGGAGAGGGAGGUGGCCUACCAGGUCAAGCCCUCCCACGCCGCCGACCACCGCAACCUGGACGAGAUGACGGCGUCCUACAGCGACGUGACGCUCUACAUCGACGAGGAGGAGCUCUCUCCGCCCAUCCCGCUCUCCCAGUCGGUGGACCGGCCCUCCAGCACCGAGUCGGACCUCCGCCUCCGCUCCCUCAACUCCUCCCAGGAGUACUGGUCCCUGGCCCACAAGGACGACAAGGGCGACACGGACACCAGCUGCCGCAGCACCCCGUCGCUGGAGUGCCAGGACCAGAGGCUGAGGGUGGACCACCUGCCCCUGCUGACCAUCGAGCCCCCCAGCGACAGCUCGGUGGAGCUGAGCGACCGCUCCGACCGGGGCUCGCUGAAGAGGCAGAACGCCUACGACCGGGGCAUCUCCAGCCAGCAGGGCAGCCCCAAACACAUCUCCCACGGCCUUCCGCCCAGGGGCCCGCCGCGGGACGAGGAGCCCACCCGGCACCGGCCCCGGCAGCUCGAGAGCCACCUGGCCAUCAACGGCACGGCCAACCGGCAGAGCAAGUCCGAGUCGGACUUCUCGGACGGGGACAACGACAGCAUCAACAGCACUUCCAACUCCAACGACACCAUCAACUGCAGCUCGGAGUCGUCGUCCAGGGACAGCCUCCGGGAGCAGACCCUGAGCAAGCAGACCUACCACAAGGAGACCCGCAACAGCUGGGACUCUCCCGCCUUCAGCAACGACAUUAUCCGCAAGAGGCACUACCGGAUCGGCCUCAACCUCUUCAACAAGAAGCCGGAAAAGGGCGUCCAGUACCUGAUUGAGCGAGGAUUCGUCCCAGACACGCCUGUGGGCGUGGCUCACUUCCUGCUCCAGCGGAAAGGCCUGAGCCGGCAGAUGAUUGGAGAGUUUCUGGGUAACCGACAGAAACAGUUCAACAGGGACGUUUUGGACUGCGUAGUGGAUGAGAUGGACUUCUCAGGGAUGGAGCUGGACGAGGCCCUCAGAAAGUUCCAGGCGCAUAUCAGAGUCCAGGGCGAAGCCCAGAAGGUGGAGAGGCUCAUCGAGGCCUACAGCCAGCGUUACUGCAUCUGUAAUCCCGGGGUAGUACGGCAGUUCAGGAACCCGGACACCAUCUUCAUCCUGGCCUUCGCCAUCAUCCUCCUCAACACCGACAUGUACAGCCCCAACGUCAAGCCGGAGCGGAAGAUGAAGCUGGAGGACUUUGUGAAGAACCUCCGAGGGGUGGAUGAUGGAGAGGACAUCCCUCGGGAGAUGCUGAUUGGGAUUUACGAGAGGAUCCGGAAGCGGGAGCUGAAGACUAACGAGGACCACGUGUCCCAGGUGCAGAAGGUGGAGAAGCUCAUCGUGGGCAAGAAGCCGAUUGGAUCCCUGCAUCAUGGCCUUGGCUGUGUCCUGUCUCUGCCCCACCGCAGGCUGGUGUGCUACUGCAGACUGUUCGAGGUCCCGGACCCCAACAAGCCCCAGAAACUGGGCCUGCACCAGCGCGAGAUCUUCCUCUUCAACGACCUGCUGGUGGUCACAAAGAUUUUCCAGAAGAAGAAGAACUCGGUGACGUACAGCUUCCGGCAGUCCUUCUCUCUGUACGGGAUGCAGGUGCUGCUGUUUGAGAACCAGUAUUACCCCAACGGAGUCAGGCUUACGUCAGCCAUCCCAGGUGCGGACAUCAAAGUCCUCAUCAACUUCAACGCCCCGAACCCCCAGGACCGCAAGAAGUUCACAGACGACCUGCGGGAGUCCAUCGCCGAGGUUCAGGAAAUGGAAAAAUACAGGAUAGAGUCCGAGCUGGAGAAGCAGAAGGGCGUGGUCCGGCCCAGCAUGUCUCAGAGCUCGGGCCUGAAGAAGGAGGCGGGCAACGGGAACCUCAGCCGAGCCAGCCUGGACGACAGCUACGCCAUGGGCGAGGGGCUAAAGCGCAGCGCCCUCAGCAGCUCCCUCAGGGACCUCUCCGAAGCAGGCAAGCGUGGGAGACGCAGCAGUGCAGGAUCUCUAGACAGCAAUAUGGAAGGCUCCAUCAUUAGCAGCCCCCACAUGCGGCGCAGGGCCACCUCCACCCGCGACUGCCCGUCCCGCGGCCACCCGCCCAUCCCCAACUCCUCGUCCCUGCUGGGCACCCUGUUCGGCAGCAAGCGGGGGAAGGGUCCGGCCCCUCCCCCCCAGCAGCCCCAGCACCCCACCCUCAUCUCCCACACGCCCCACCCCUCCACCCUUCACCACUCGGCCCAGGGCGAGUCGCACUCCCACGCGCAGUACUGCCACGUCCAGCAGAACCCUCCUCCGUACCACCACCACCACCACUACCACCCCCCGGCCCACCUGCAGUACCACCAGGGCUCCGGCUCCGGCUCCGGCCACGGCCACGGCCACCACGGCCAGCACGGCCACGCCUCGCACGCCCAGCACUCCUCCCACUCCCAGCAUGCACCUCACCACCACGCCCAGCAGCCGGUCCCCGCCCCUGGGCCCAGCAGCACCAAACCCAAGCACAGCGGCAUCAGCACCAUCGUGUGAAGGGCCCAAUCGGAGGAGGAGGAGGAGGGAGGGGAGCCCCGCCCCGCCGCUAAGG